AUGUAUUUUCUUUUCAAAUCAUCAUUUGAUGAGAUGUUUUGCUUGGCUGCAACUGCGUGUCCUUCCACCGAAGGUUUUUUUGAGUGGAUGUGGACGGUAUGGCCACCGAAUGAGCUUUUCCUUUCGUCGAGGGAUGGCCAGCAUCAGCUGUUGAUUGUGCUGCCAUUUUCCUCACUUUUGCCGCGACGUGCCCCGGCCGCCCGGCGCCUGCCCUUGCCCGGCGAAGCCUGGGGCGGGUCUCUCCGCAACUACGACUUCACAAGUCACCUUCGCUUCAAACACCGUCUCUGCCCAGGUCGUCCUUCUCUGGUCGCACAGGAUAACAGAAAAAAACUCGCCACCAGCGUGAUUCUCCCCGGAUACGGUGACCUUGCUAGAAGGAUGGACUCGGAUUCAGACAUCGAGAUCGUGCCUUCCCAGCCAGCUCAAGCGACAAAAAAAACCAGCUGGAAACCGAGACGGCCUGUCCAAGAGAAGCUGCCAUCACUCAGCCCCCUGCCGCUUCCAAAGACCUUGAAACGACCAGCAGAGAAAACUAUCAACAGCGACCCCAGCUCCCAUGCGGAUUCAGACGAGGACUGCGAAAGAAGCACUAAACGAAACCUCCAAUCAGCCUCCACCCGCCCCAAAGGCCCUCCUUCUUCACACUCGUCCAGCCCACUGCCCUCCUCUCCGGAGCUUCCCCACCUUCCGCGCCGUUCGCCAUCUCCAGCACUUCCAGACCCUCUACCCCUGCCCCCCACGCGCAACCCGCGUGUCAAAGAUCGGCAAGAAACGAACAAGUCUCGCCCAAGCUCUCCGCCCCCAGACAAGAGGUCCGCGAUUAUCGAGCUGGGCUCCAGCCCCCUAUUGCCAGACUUGGAAGAUUUCAACUUCGGUGGCAAUCGUAAUCCUUCGCCUCCCAAUCCAUUACCCAGUAGACAAUCCUCUAGUCAUCCAAGCCCUCCUCCAACUUCCGCACCCAUCAGCAAAGCCACUACUAAUCGAACCGAGAAGCAGGCUCAAGCCGCGCAGGCUCGACUGCUCCGGGAGGCUAAAAAGGCGGCCAAGGAGAAAGAAAAACUCGACAAUCGACUCCAGCGAGAGGCGAACAAACUGACACUGAACCGGAAAGAAACGGUGGCUGAAGUACGGAUGUGGGUGCCCAAGUCGCUGAAGAAAUCGAAGCUGCAUCCGUUUGCGAAAGCCUGUGAAGUGUUGGAGCAGCGAAUCGCGUCCACCGAAGGGUGUGUGAUGAACCCCCCGGGCGAGAUUGAUGACGAGAGCAGCGAGCUGCAAGGCGUGGUCAGAUGGGUCCGGACGGCCACCAAGGAAUGGGACGAGGAGCGCGGGAUCUUUAUCCCCCUCGGCGUGGGCCAGAGUAAGGAGACUUCCGAGCCCACCGUCCUGGUCGUUUGGACCGGCAAGGAGGUCGAUGAGGUUAUUGCUUCGGGAACCGACCAGUUGAUGAAGAAGGCCCAAGUGAUCAAAUCUCAUUACCCCCAAGACCAGCUGUUUAUUGUGAUUUCAGGCUUAGAGACGAUCCUCAGAGCAGAGCGGAGGAACGAGGAUGCGAUGAUCACGAACGAAGCCCGGGAAAGACUGGCCGCACAGCGGAACGAGCCGCCCCCCUGUGCCCCCAAGACUAAGAGCAAAAGCGGGUCAGCUCUUCCCCGAAACAGUCGGGACAAGAUCUUGAAGGAGUUGGAGGUCAUGAAGCUCGUCACGAAGGCUUUCGUCAUUCGUGUCGAAGAGAAGAACGAGUUCGCCAACUGGCUCUGGGAGAUGACGAUGGAGAUUGGCGUGAGACCUUACAAAUCGAGGAAGCAAGAGUUGAAGUCGGCACUAAGAUUGGAAGUAUCGGGGACGAAGGGGACAAACUACGAGGACACGUACAUCAAGAUGCUGAGCAGCUUGACCCGGGUGACCGAGAACGAGGCCAAAGGAAUCGUCGCUAAGUUCCCGACUCUGAAGUGCUUGUAUCAGGCGUGGGAACAAGGGAUCCAGAAGCAUGGCGUACAGUGGGCCGAGGACAUGUUGGUCGGCUGUUCGAAGUCAAAUGCGGUCACUGCGGUCAAUUCUAACAGGAAGAUCGGCAAAGUGACUUCCAAACGAAUCUUCGAAAUCAUGUAUAACACCAAGAACGGCGACGCCUGUCUUUGA